AUGCACAAGGCUGCAGGCGCACAAGCGAAGCCGCAGCUCAAAAAGCUGCAGCUGACGAACCCAGCGGCGGCGCGGGCGGGCAGCACGCUGCACAAGCCAGCCAGUGCAGGUCAACUGGAGGUGCAGCAGCAGCAGCUAAAAGCGCCAUCACCGCCGCAGCAGAAGCAGCAGAAGCAGCAGAAGCAGCAGCAGAAGCAGCAACAGCAGAAGCAACAGGAACUGCAACAGAAGUCGCAGCAGCAGCCGCAGCACCAGCAGAAGGAGCCGAAGCAGGAGGAGCAGCAGCAGCAGCAGCAGCAGCAGCAGCAGCAGCAACAGCAGCGCAAAAAGGAGAAGCAGCAGAAGGAACAGCAGCAGCAGAAGGAACAGCAGCAGCAGCAGAAGGAGAAGCAGCAGGAACAGCAGCAGAGGGAAAAGCAGCAGCAGGUGCAGCAGCAGCAGCAGAAACCUGUGCAAAAGGCCCAGCAGCAAAGUGCGGAGGCCGUGGUGCUCAAGCGGUCUGCGCAGGAGGGACCGCAGCAGGAGGACGAGCCACUGCGGAAGCGAUUGAAGGACGCCAGGUCACAGCAGCAGGCACUCCCGCUGGUGCCAGAGCUUCAGCAGCGGCAUGAGCAGCAGCGACAGAAGCAGGAACAGAAGCAGCUGCGUCCUGAUCAAGAGCACGACCAGGAGCGGGGAGAGGAGUUGCGGCAGCAUCAGCAGCAGCAGGAGCAGCGAGUGCUGCUGCAAGAACAACCGCUGGCGCUCGCGCAGCAGCACUCGCAGCAGCAGCAGCAGCAGCAGCCAGCAGCAGACAGGCGCAAGCCCAAGGAGCAGCAUGAGCUUGGUGGCAAGGCCCAGGCACCGCCUGUUAAACCCAAGGCAGCCCAACGCACUGAGCAUGGGCAGCAGCAGCAGCAGCAGCAGCAGCAGCGGCAGCAGGCAAGCGCAAAGCCAGAUGCAGCGCUGAAGCCAAAAACGGAUGCCGCCGUGGCAGCAGGUGCCACGCCAGCCGCGCGACGGUCGCCAAGCCCUGCAGAUGGCAGCACUGGCCGUGGGGGCGGCCGCGGCAACGCACCCCCAGCAGCAGAGGCAGUGGUGCCCUGCUCGCAGGCCGGGGGUGGUGAGCUCCAGACGGGAAAGGAGGCGGCUGGCACGGCGGCAGGCGGGGCUCAGGCGGCCAGUGCGACUGGCGGCAGUGUCAACCAGGCCGAGAUGAUGCGGAAGAUGAGUGCGUUCAGGGCCCAAAGGGCGCAACAGAAGGCAAGCCUCAAGCAGAAGGGGAAGCAGCAGGCCGCGCUCGAGGCGCGGCAGCCGUCGGGGGCAUUCAACCCCUUGUCCCUGCCUAUGGGCAUGCUCAACAGCGGCUGCGCAUCCGGCGGCGGCGAGGGCGGGGAUGGGGGCGAGCAGCAGGCCGCGGACCCAUUUGGUUUGGGCGCGCCGGUGCAGGUGGCGGCGUCUGGGGAGUGGGGCGAGGGCACGCGGCGCGGCGGCGGCAGCGGCGGCGGCGGCGCGAGCGAGCGGUUGUGGGAGGGCGAUGUCGCGGUGACGUACGACCAAGAUGCCCCUGACCUGAACAUGAAGCUGUACUUUGAAAUGCAGCCCGGUCUGGAGCGAACCAAGCAGCUGACUCAGCUCGCCUCCCUGCCCACCAACGUGCGCCUGUCGGUCUCCAGCUGCACGCGCAUCAACAUGGUCACCAGCGUCUUUCAGGAGAGCGCGCUGUCGCCGUCGGUGUACUACCGCUGCCGCGUGCUGGAGCGCAACAACUUCCGCAAGGCCUGCAGCGACCUGCCGCGCGUCAUAGAGCACCUCAAGGCGCGCAAGAUGCUGCUGAGUGUGCCGCCCCUGGUGGCGGGCUCCUCCAAGAUGUACCUGGGCUGUGUGUGGGCGGGGUCCAACACGGUUGUCACUUGGGGGACAGAGGACCCCUCGGGUGAUGUCAUCAAAACGGACGAGCUGGCGGUGAUCGAGUUCAUCGACAAGAACCGCGUGCCUGACGUGCCGCCGCGCAGGGCGCCCCGCUCCGCACUCGCGCAGCACAGCAGCAGCAACGCCGCGGCGCACGCGGCGAAUGGUGCCGGACACGGGUUUGGCGGCGACGGUGGCGGCGCAGCAGCAGCGGCGGCAGCGGCAGGCAUCGGCUUCAUGGGUGGUGACGAUGGCGGCUUUGGCACAUUUGCUGAGCCCUACCCCCACCAUGAGCAGUCGCCGUUCGCCGCGGGAGCGCCAGGCCCGGCGGCGGCGGCGGGCCCGCAACGUCACUGGCAACGGCAGCAGCCGCUCGCGCAGCCAGAGCACCAGCAUGCGGGCGGUUUCUUUGGGGAGGACGCAUUUGGCGGCAGCACCCGCAGCAGCGACUUCGGCAGCGGGCACGAUCCCUUCAGCAUUACAGCCGCGUCCGACUCGCUGGCGCCUGCGGCGACCGACCGGCCGGCUCUCGUCCCCCUGGCCUCCGUCACCGGCGGCAGCGGCGGUAGCGUCAGCGGCGCGCUCAGCGCGAAGGCGGUGCGCGGCAGCGCCGGCGGCAGCGGCAGCGGCGCCCCUGCGCCGCUUGCAGUGCCUGCGGUCGUGCCUCGCACGAACGACCCUCGCCUGCUGUACAAGCGGCGCUCGCCACAGGAUGGCGCCGCCGCCCCGGCGCCGGCGCCGGCGACGCCCGCGCACGCCGCUCUGCCGCAGCUCAAGACGCAGCAGCUUAAAGAGCACCAGCGGUCGCAAAUGCAGCAGAACGAGCACGCAAACGGCGCUGCGCCGCCGGCGCUGCCGCCGCAGCCACACCCGCACGCACACACAGCAGACCCUCAGCAGCAGCAGCGGCAUCAACGCGACCAUCCACCCCAGCAGGCGCUACCACCGGGCGUCCCCCCCACGCCGGGCAGCCCGGCGGCCACGCUGGCACCGUCCCACUCCACGGGCCCCAGCAGCGGCGCCGGCGCCCACCACACGCACGGCACCAGCGUCGGCGCGCUGCUGCGGCAGCGGCUGCCGGCGCACCGCCUCAUGCCGCACCCCCGUUGGGUUUUUGACAGGACGAUGCGCAACCUGCGGAUCCACAUUCACGCAGAGACGGCGAACCAGCAGCAGCUCGAGCCCGCCAUCCAGUGGGCGCGCCAGCAGGGCGCGCGCGUCGCGCGCACUGUCUUCGACGCCCCGGGGGGCCCAGGCCCCACCCUGCCGGCCGUCGGCCGCGUGGACAUCCUCCUACUGGACCCCGAGGAGCGCGGCAGGACGGGCCUCGAGGGCCGCCCCCUGCCCAUCAGGGACCACCUUGCCGCGGGCGCGUGGGUCGCGGCGCAGCCGGUGGGCGUGAGGCCGGGAACGACGACGGGGCUGCUGACAGACUGCAUGGCCAAGGGGCGGCUGUCGCUGACCGCGCUGGAGAGGAACGCGAUGUCCCACACGGGCAGCGGCACCCCGAUCUUCGAGCGGCCUGGGCACGUGCUGCUGCAGGCAUGCAUGCUGUGUGACCUCUGA